AAAAAGAAGGAAGGAAAACCCGGCUAUAUUUUAUUAAGUAACGAAAAUAACUAAUGAUUCUUGUUUAAUAUGAGAAUUUCGCCAUUGACGUGAAAAGGAGCGGCGGAGGAAGAUAUAGACAUCUGAACCAAUUGCAGAAAUGUAUUGCAAGUCAUAUCAGACGUGUAGUUCCAAUGCUCAAGAAAAGGGAAGUUACUUCCAGUGGUCAAGUGAAAUGGACUCUUGCCUUGCCAAGAUACUAGCUGAGCAAGUGAAGAAGGGUAACAAGACCGACAAUGCUUUGAAGCCUGCAGCAUACAUAGGCGCCCUAACUGCUAUAAACAAAAAAUUUGGGUUUGAUUUGACAGAAGAACAUCUAAGAAAUCGGCUAAAAACAUGGAAGAAACAGUUUGGGAUCUUAAAGGAGCUUCUUGAUCAAAAGGGAUUUCAGUGGGAUGAGAAACAAAGGAUGGUUGUUGCAGAUGCUUCUGUAUGGAAUGAUUACAUCAAGGCACAUCCUGAUGCUAGGCAGUUCCAGGGAAGAACAAUUGACAAUUAUUAUGAGUUAUGUAUUAUUAUUGGCAAUGAUCAAGAUAUAGCAGGCUGUUUGGAAAAUGGUGCAGUAACUCAUAUGCAAUCUGCAGCCAACAUAGAUGGUCUAGACACUGCCAGUUCAUCUGACAUUCAGAGUGAUGACAACCACAUAAAAAACUUGAGGUGGACUGUUGAAAUGGAUUACUACCUAGGUAAGAGUCUUGUGGAGAAAGUGAAGGAGGGGUAUAAACUGGAUGGUACCUUACAGCCGGAGGCAUAUGAUGCUGCUCUUUCAACCUUGAAUGAAAAAAUUGGGCUUGAAUUGACAAAAGAUCACAUUAGGAAUAGGCUUAGAACUUGGAAGAAACAGUAUGGCGUUUUAAAGCAACUGUUUUCUCAUCCUGGUUUCAAAUGGGACAAAACACGGAAGAUGAUCAUUGCAGAUGGCUCAGUAUGGACCAACUAUGUCAAGGCUCACCCUGAUGCCAGGAUAUUCCGUGGAAGAGUUAUUGAGAACUAUGAUAACUUGUGCAUAAUCUUUGGCAACGACAAUGAGGUUGCAGAGGGUGUUGAUAUCUCCCCUUUGCAGAAUGGUGUCAAGGUGAAAGAUCAAGCAAAGAACAUGAUGUGGACAUAUGAGAUGGACCAAUACCUCAGCAAGGUUCUGGUGGAGCAAGUCAAACUUGGGAAUAAGAGUAAAUUAGACAACAAAUUAAGACCUCUAGCUUAUGAGGCCGCUGUAUCUGCUUUGAGUAAAAGGUUUCAGCUUGAUUUGACAAGAGAGCAUAUAAGGAAUCGUCUCAAAACGUGGAAGAAACAGUAUGAGAUUCUGAAAGAGCUUCUGCAUCACAGUGAAUUUGAAUGGGAUAAAGCACAAAAUAUGGUCAUUGCAAAUGAUUCUGCAUGGAAUCGAUAUAUUAAGAGUAAUCCUGAUGCUAGGUCUUUUCAAGGACGUGUCAUCAGAAACUACUACGAGCUAUUUGCCAUCUUUGGUUGUGAUGAUCUGCUUGAAAGUUCACUAAAUAGUUCUAAUGAUGAUGUAAGUUUGACUGCGAAUAAUGAAGCUGCAGAUACUGAGGAGUUGUUUUACGGACAGAGUGAUGUUGCAAAAGACAAAGGGAAGUACAUAUUAUGGACAGAUGAGAUGGACCGGUGCUUGACAGAACAGCUGGUGCAGCAAGUGACUCUUGGAAAUAAGCAUCAGAAAAGUUUUAAGCCUGUGGCAUUUAGAGCUGCUCUGUCUGUUCUAAACAAAAAGUUUUCAUUGGACUUGACAACAGAAAAUAUUGGAAACAGGCUCAGGACCUGGAAGAAACAGUACAGGCUUGUGAAAGAACUCCUCUCUCAACGUGGAUUUGAAUGGGAUGAGGGACAAAAGAUGGUUAUUGCUAAUGACUCGGAAUGGAGAGAGUGCAUCAAGAGAAAUCCUGAUGUAAGCCGCAUACGAGGACGGUGUAUUGAUAAUUUCAGUGAGUUAAAUAUUAUUGUUGGCAAUGAGCUGGCAGUCGGACACCGGUCUGAAGCAGGUGAUAGAGUUGUAAAUCCUAUUCAAAAUAGUGAAGAACCUGUGGAAGCCCCAGUACAAGUCGUGGUUGAUGAAGAAAUGGGCCAUGAUAAUACUGAUGAUGACAUGCAAGUUUCAUCUCAGCAGACUAGAGCCAGACCUUCUUCUUCUUCGCAUGCCAAGGAGGCAUUAAAGAGGAGGCGUGUUAGUGAUGCAAUGUUAGAGAUGAUGAGUGAUAUGGCAGCAAAUAUUGGUAGGAUUGCUGAUGCAUUGACAGAAAGCAAGGCAGUAUGCUUGGAUGAACUAUUUCAAAUGGUGCAGACUAUUCCUGAGUUUGAUGACGAUCUUAUAAUCGAUGCAUGUGAGUACCUUUCUUUUGAUGAGAAGAGAGCCAUGAUGUUUGUGAAAUUGGAUGAGAGGUUAAGAAAAAAGUGGUUAUUAAAACGAUUGCGGGGUUAGGGUAGUUGAAAAUGGGAAAGAUUAUUGUACCUCUUUAGUUAUUAUAUCUUCUUCUCUUUUUAA